CUUGGUCGUACGUUGGAACUUGGAGGAGUCUGACGUUCACCUGAGAGGCAUAGACAAUGAGACGCGAGUGACCACGGUUGAAUCAUAAUCAUGGCCACUCCACUUGAAGUUUAACUUGUUGGGCUUACUCGGUCUGUGACGUCGGUGCACAUAGGAGGAAUGGGAGGCAGCAUGUAGUCCUAUGGAAAAAAAAAAAAUCCUAUGGAAAAAAAACAGCACAUAGCACCCUGACGCGAUCGAGGCCCAUGAACUUGAACUUGGUCUGUUAGGGAGCGACUGAGAGAUUGAGUGACUCCUAUGUGAUCCUUCUGCUUUUCUAUACUUCGACUAAAUGAACCGAUACUUGCGCGUACUAGAACUUUCCCAUCCUUUGAAAAACCAAUGACCAGCUCUUUAUCUUUGGUGGAUGUUAGCUCUCGUCCUGUAGUGGAUGUGGCCCCACCUGGUUCUGGUCGGGCGGGUCUACUACGGAGCCGCCAAACUUUUAGACACUCUAUUUCUGCCAACCUAUGCGAAGUUUUGGCCGAGCCGCGAGUUAUGGCCGAAUUCAAACAAUGGCCGGCUCAUCAAGAUACGAAUGGGAGCAUGCUGUGUUACCAGGUACGUUUGGGAAGGGUGCGCGUGUGAGCCUUACAGUACGCGAAUUGGCAAGAAACGGUUCUAGGCCAAACGUGUCUCACCCUAGCAAACG